UCACGCAGCUCGACCCACGCACAACAUCUUACAACUCGAGCGCUAGACGUCUAAACCCCUUGUAAUUCAAGAAACAACCCGACCAAGUCCCACGGCCACCAUGUCCUCCACACUCCUCCCCCGCAACGACGAUAAAUCCGCAGGCACGGUCGCCGUUGUGAUAUUCAUCGCUGGCACCAUCAUCCUCGUCCUCGUCAUCAUCCUGAUCCUUUUGUUCUUCAAGAAGCGCCGGUCUGCACGCACAAAAAAGACGUUCAUACCACGCCUCGAACGCCAGCGCGGAGGGAAAUACGGGAAGUUGGAGGAAGACGAGGAGCAGGCGUGGAGUGCAGAUAUGGGGCAUGAUGAUGGGCUGGGAAAGGGGAGCUAUGCACCGGUACAUAACGAGUCGAUGGGGUACCAGAGCCAAACAAUACACCAUGGCAAUGCUCUAAAAGACACAUACCGAUGA